UUUAUUAUUUUGAAAAUGUUUUCAAAAGGUAACGUUUUAAUAAUCGGCUGCAUUUUAGUAAUUUCUAAUAAACUUACCUAUUCACACGUACGUUUCACCAAUGUAGUGUGUGAAUGUGUGGAUCCUACUUUUUGCACUAUUGAACGUUGUGAUCUAAUUGCAAUUUCCCGAGAUUCAAAAAAUAUGACACUUAAGGCGGUACUACUACAGUUACCUAUAACUGAUUUUGAGUUAAGAAUACAAGUCAUGAAAAGGGCUAAUGGUUGGAAACCAUUUCUAUACGAUUUAACCGUAAAUUGUAAUUUUACUAAGAAAUUAAAUGUUGUCACCAGAUUGAUUUGGAAUGGUGUUCGAAAUUAUUCAAAUGUUAAACAUGAUUGUCCUUAUAAUGUGUGUGUGUGUUUAAUAUUUAUUUAUAAAUUUAUAAGAAAUUUAAUUUGUAUCCAAAAAAAUUUCAGCAAAAUUUGGAAGCAAUCAAUUUAAAUAAUGCUGCUAUAGAGAAGGCCUUAGGUCCUUUGCCAGUUCCUGAGGGUGAAUAUGCGAUUUUUACAACGUGGAAAACUUUAAAUGUAACUAGAGGAACAUUAAAUGUGUUUGGUGCUUUUUAUUAAUCAAAACUUAAAUAUAUCAGUG